UUUGAAAUGAGUAUAUCGUUAUAAACAAUGUUGGAGUAGUUAAAGAAUGCCCAAAGGAUAGAUUUAUCUGAAAUGUACAUUGGGGAUGAUGGAGCAAGAUUAUUAUCAAAUUACGUGAAAAACAAUAAAAAUUUGAAAUGUUUAGUUUUGAGAGGAAAUAAUAUUACAGCUUAAGGGUAUGCAUACAAUUAAGAUUUAGAUUUUUGGAUAUUGUAACAGCAUUAAGAGGAUGCCCAUUAUUAAAGAUUCUUUCAUUGGAAUGGAAUCAGAUAGGUUCUGAUGGAGUUGGAAUAGAAACAUUGGCAGGAUUCUUAGUUUCAAAUAAGUCACUUCAACACAUAGGUUUGUCGAACAAUAAGUUAACAGGAGAUCACAUAGAACCGUUGGCAAAUGCUUUAAGGUAAAACACUACUCUACUUUCACUUGACUUGAGAUGGAAUUCUCUUGGUAAGAGGGGAGGAGAAUUCUUGUUAUCAGCCGUUGGAGACAAUAAGGCAAUUCUGUACUUGGAUUUAAAUGGAGCAGAGAUAAUAUAAUAGGAUCAAGAAGCAAUAGAGGAUAUUUUAGAAUAACAUAGGGCUAGUAAUCCAAUAUAGAAGGAUAGAAUUUUAUCAAUUGAUGAGGAUGUUGUAGAGGAGGAAGAACCAAUGAUUAGUGGAUUGGCAGGAGCAUCAGUAGUUUAACAUUUGGAAUAAAUGUUAGAGUAAGAGAGAAUACAUACUAUGCAUAUUAAAUAAAGAAUGGAAAGAGAGUUAGAUGAAUUAAUGAGGAGGGACAAGGCAGAUACGAGAUUGUUGGAAGAACUGGAUGCAAAAACUAGAUAAUUGGAGGCUGAUAAUCGAGCUAGUUUAUAUUAGAUUGAGAAAUUAAGAGAUGAAUAUUAAUUGAUGGAAAGACAACAAGAGGAUGUAACAAGAUCGAUGGAGGAAAAGAUCAGAUAAAAUGAAUUCAUUUUGAAUGAGUUAGAGAAGAAACACAGAACCAAUUUGGACAGAGCCUUGAAUGAAAAUAACUUUAGAGCAAGAGAUUUAGUGAGAGAUUGGGAGAAUAGAUGUAGAGCUGUUGAGGAUAGGUCCAGAUAACUUGAAUAGGAGAAUAGGAUAUUGGAAGAGGAGUUGCGAUCAUUAUAAGAAAGAUAAAUUUAAUUAUAAUUAACUUAUGAUUAAGAAUUGAGAGAUCUUGGCAGAAGAAUUCAAGAGGAAGAGUACCAGAAAUACCAUAUAGUUUCAACAACUUUGGAUGCCAAAAUAAGAGCUAUGGAGGAGGCCAGGGACUUAAUUAUCAAGAGGAAUGCAGAUGCUGCAAGGGAAUAUGAUGAAAGAAUCUUAAAUGGAAAAUAGGAAGUUUAAGUAUUGUAUGACGAAUUGGAGAGACUGAAAAAUUAAAAUAAAGAUUUUAUUCGAUAAAAUUAAGAGUUAAGGCAAAAAUGCGAUUCUUUGAAGCAAUAGGCUAAAGUGAAAGAAUCUGCAGUGGAGAAAUAUGAAAGUGAAAUCAACACUUUAAAUGCACAGAUUGAGCAAAAAAGAAAAAUGCAAUCUGAUUCUUUAAAUUAAUUGCUAAAUGAAUAGAAAAUUGAUCGUCAGGCUUGGGAAGUAAAUAUUUGAAUAUAAUUAUAGAAUGAAAGAAUUCAAUAAACUGAGAGGAUUCAUAGUUUGGAAAAAGCAUUGCGAGAAUCACAUGCAGAAAACACGAGAUUAAGACAAGAAUAUUAGAGGUUGGGAGAGCUACUUUAGUUUAAUGUUUCUAAUGCAUUGCAUCAAGCAUUUCAAGACAAUGGAUAUUUUUGA